UUACAACUCCCACCCCACUACCUUCUUCACCACUUCUACCACUCCAUAAUCUUUCAACUUCUUAAUUUCCUCUAACACAUUAUUUAUACAACUCUUCCAAAUUCUUCAUUACAAUAUUUCACCAGAAUGUGUAAACUAAACAAUCUUCUUCCUUUUGUCUUAAUCAUAAUCACAUUAUCUUGUUACUUAAAUUCCUCAACCGCAAAAGCGGCGUCGUCGUCGUCGACAUACAAUGUAAUAAACUAUGGAGCCAAACCAGAUGGUAAAACUGAUUCCACAAAGGCAUUUGGAAAUGUAUGGGCUAAGGCAUGUUCCUCGCCGUAUCCGGCAUCAAUUUACGUGCCACAAGGGAAAUUCUUACUUGGAACUGCAACAUUUAGUGGAAAAUGUAUCAAUAAAGCUAUUUCCAUAACCAUUGAUGGCACUUUGGUGGCUUCAUCUAAUUACCGUGUAACCGGUAAAAAUGGUAAUUGGUUGAAGUUUCAGCAUGUCGACGGGGUUUCGAUCCGCGGCGGUUUGCUUGAUGGACAAGGUACUGCUUUGUGGGAUUGUAAAAAUUCGGACAAAAGUAAUUGUCCAAUUGGAGCCACGACGUUGGAAUUUAGUAACUCAAAAAACAUUAUGAUUAGUGGUUUGACAUCAAUGAAUAGUCAAAUGUUCCACAUAGUGUUCAAUGGAUGCGAAAAUGUAAAAAUGCAAGGUGUCAAUAUCAUGGCAGCCGGAAACAGCCCAAACACCGACGGCAUCCACGUCCAAAUGUCCUCCCAUGUCACCAUCGUCAACUCCAAAAUUCGAACCGGCGAUGAUUGUAUCUCAAUUGGCCCUGGUACAAGUAAUUUGUGGAUUGAAAACAUUGCAUGUGGACCGGGACAUGGAAUAAGUAUUGGAAGUUUAGGAUGGAAAUUGAAUGAACCAGGAGUACAAAAUGUGACAGUUAAAACAGUUACAUUCACAGGAACUCAAAAUGGUGUUAGAAUAAAAUCUUGGGGUAGACCUAGCAAUGGAUUUGUGAGGAACAUCUUUUUCCAAGAUGCAAUCAUGGUUAAUGUCCAAAACCCAAUUGUAAUUGACCAGAAUUAUUGCCCAAACAACAAAGGCUGCCCCGGUCAGGCCUCUGGAAUUAAAGUGAGUGGUGUAACAUACCAAAACAUUCAUGGAACAUCUGCAACACAAGUAGCUGUGAAAUUUGACUGUAGUUCAAAGUAUCCAUGCAGUGGAAUAAAGAUGAAGGAUGUAAAGCUCACUUACAAAAAUCAAGUAGCUGAAGCAUCAUGUAACCAUGCUGGUGGAGCUGCCUUGGGUUCAGUUCAACCAGAGAGUUGCUUAUAGACACCAAAAAUAUUAUUAAGCAAGGAUCAUGAAUGGGAGCUAUGUCUUUGUCUUGAUAUAAUAUAGAUAAUUAAUUAAUUCAUACAAUGUAUCACUAGUAAUAACACUAUGUUGUAGUUUGAGAAUGGUUUAUUGCUUGAUCUGAGGUGUUUGUGGCCCAUUUAGCCACAGUGGAGCCUGGUCUUGCCAUUGUUAUGGACUAUAGAAAGUUCAAUUUUCUA